AUUUGAAGUUACAAUUUAAAUAAUAAAUUCAAUAUUAUUUGUUGUGGUGUUGAUGACUGUUUUUAGAAAAUUCAAUUACUUUUUUAGUGCCUCUUGUAAAAAAUUCAUCAACAUGGAAGCAACGAAAAAUAAAACCAUAAAAGAGGGUCCUGCUGUAAUUAAUUUAGUUUCUGAAAAAGUUUUCUAUAAUCCUGUACAAGAAUUUAACAGGGACCUAAGUAUACUUGUGUUGAAUGUAUUUUCUGAGGACUACAGGGCUGAAAAAACACUUCAAGCACAGAAAAAAGCUCAAAACAAAAGUGUUGCCGAUACAAUUGAUGAUACCGACAAACAAGAGGUUGAAGUAACAAUAUUAGAGGCUUUAUCUGCCACUGGAUUAAGAAGUAUUCGUUAUGCAAAAGAAGUGGCCAAUAUAACAAAAAUUGUUGCCAAUGAUAUAUCCCAGCAGGCUGUGCAAACUAUGAAAGUUAACUUUGAGCAGAAUGAAGUAAGCCAUAUGGUAGAAGCCAGCCAUGAUGAUGCUUGUAUGCUCAUGUAUAAACACAAGCAGCCCAGUCAACGUUUCUCAGCGAUAGACUUGGAUCCUUACGGGUGCCCAUCCAUAUUCCUGGAUGCUGCUGUGCAGAGUGUGCAGGAUGGAGGCCUGUUGCUAGUCACAGCUACUGACAUGGCCGUGCUGGCUGGAAACUCUCCAGAAACAUGUUACAGCAAAUAUGGUGCUGUUAGCUUAAAAACUAAAUGCUGCCAUGAAAUGGCAUUAAGGAUACUGUUGCAAUGUAUAGAGAAACAUGCUAACAGAUAUAGUAGGUACAUAGUACCAUUGUUAAGUAUAUCAGCUGAUUUCUACAUUCGUGUUUUUGUGAAAAUAUAUACUGGUGCUAUACAUUGUAAGAAAACCACUAGCAAGUUGGCUAUGGUCUACCAGUGUGUUGGAUGUGACAAUAUGACUUUACAACCACUAGGUGGUUUCAAGCCAAAUCCAACUGAGAAGAAUCCAAAUCAAAUGAAGGCGUUUCUGCCCAUGGGGCCUCCUGUGACUGAACACUGUGUCCACUGCAACCAGAGGCAUCACCUAGGAGGUCCUAUUUGGACAGCGCCUAUACAUGACCCAGUGUUCGUGUCCCGAGUUCUAGGGGAGCUUUGUUCUGAACGGCACAGCCUGGGUACCCGGGACAGAAUAGAGGGCGUGCUGUCUAUGGUGCGGGAAGAACUGCACGACGUACCCCUCUACUACUCUAUGGACAGGUUAUCUGGGCGGGUGCACUUGGAAACUAUGCCCAUGUUGCUGAUGAGAUCUGCAAUUCUGAACGCUGGCCACAAAGUGUCGUAUUCGCACGCGUCCAAAACUUCCAUUAAGACGACAGCGCCGACGCGACUCAUAUGGGACAUCGUCAGAACCUGGGAGAGAACACAUCCUGUCAAGCCUGCCAGGUUAGAGGCAGACCCCGUGGCCAAGUACAUUUUGUCGCAAGAGAUCCAGUCUCAAGUGGAUUUAUCGGAGCGGCCUGACGCCAACCCUGGCAGCCGGCGCGCCGGCGUGCUGCGCUUCCAGUACAAUCCUGUGCCGCACUGGGGGCCCGGCGCUAGAGCACUCGUUAACAUCGGUGAAGAGAAAAUGUCCAAAGCAACGCGCAAUCAAAACAAAAAAUUGAAGAAACAGAAUCAAAAGCGGCAGCACUCUGGAAGCGAAGAUGAACUUCGAAAGAAAACUGUUACAGAACAGCAGUCAUUUGAUAUUGAUUUAUAAAUAAGUGAGAAUGUACAUUUAGUUUCAUUUGAUAUAUACCUCUAUUCCACAAAUACCUAUUAUGUUACAGAAAUAAAUAUUUGCGAGUAGUCAGUGGCUGAAAAUAGUAAAUACAAUUUUUACAAAGAUAUCCUGUUCAAUUCGCUAAAUCUAUUGCCACGGGUAGUCCCUUAAUAUUGUUCGAGAGAGCCACCGCGCAAAGUAAUAGAAAACUAUAGGUUUGAAAAUAAAAGAAGUUGAAUGAUCUAUGUUGUUAAAAUCUAAACCUUACAACAAAUAUAAUAAAAAAAACUAGAAAAACACGCUUUCACGUUUCAUGAUGAUACAAGAAUUAGAAGUGCGUGUAAUUCAGAUUCUAAGAUUUCAUUACAUAGUUACAUACAAGUGGACCUAAUAAAAGCGUGUUCAAAACUAGCCCCCGAUAGGAGUCGCUUAAAGGGUUCUAUGUUUGGUGUGUGUUGGGCUGCAAAAAGUAAAGGUAACAGUCAUAUAUUAAAUAAAAUCAAUCCCUAAUUGGUGGUACCACGGUUCAUAUUAAAUAAAAUUAAAGAAUUAGAGGCACCAUCCUUCUGUGUCCCGUUCGAUAGCACUGAAUAUUUAGGGGAGCAUAUUCAGUGCCGCAGCAGAUGCAGCUACGGGCAAAGAAUCGGGGUAAUAUCGUCGCCCGUAGGUUUAGUAGGUAAAAUUGACGCUGUUCAAUGCCUAUUGUGUCAGUUUCUACACCAGUCAACUGUGGAUGAGGUACAACAGGAGAUCGUAUAGUACCAUCAGAGUUCAAUAUAAUGAUAUCUUUCGUAUUCUGAUGGGUCUGCCGAGAUUUUGCAGUGCUUCGACAAUGUUCGCGGAGGCUGGGGUAUCGGACUUCUAUGCUAUUAAGGCACUUUGCAGACGACGGGGCGGGGCGGGCCGGUUAAUUUCGCCGCGAAUAAUAGCACAAAGUGAAUCCUAUACUUCAAACGCACACAGAGGGCAAAAAGACCGCGCCGCCGGUGCCCGGCGUGCAAUGGCGGCGCGGCAUGUCCGCGGCUGCCCGUCGUGGAUCACACAAACCAGUUUAUAUGCAGUAACGCAGACGGCGCACAGUGGGUGAAAAAAAGAGGUCCCCUUUCAUAGGAUUUUUGAAAAAAUAAAAAUGUAUAUUAUCCGUUUAAGGUAUGCGGUUUUAUUGGACAUAUCAGUACAUUGAAUAAUAAAAUAGUUUGGGGAAUUUCCUUUUAAUCUAACACCAUAAAGCACGGGCUUUAGAGUUUCAAAUGUAUGAAAACGGAAUUUGUUUUGCUCAUAACUUGUCUCGGUCUUCUACGGUCAAGCUGAAACUAAUAGGGAUUAUUACCGGGUCUGUUACAAAGCCAUGUGACCUUUGACCUUCACCCCGGACGGCCCCGUUCAAAAGAUACGAAUUUUUCAAAAUGCUUAUUAGGGUAAUUUUGCUUUACGGGGUUAUGUGUCUCAAUAAACAGUUUGUUUAUGUUUCUUGCCCAGCAUUUAGUUAUUAAUAUAACACAGAUUAUUAUCUAAUAAAACUACGCAGUAGAUAACGCCACCAUACAACUUAACUUUAAAUAAAAGCGUCCUAAUUCAAAAGAUAUGGAAUUAAUAUAAAUAGAUAAAAGAAAUAGUUUUAAGAAAAAGAAAACAAGAAUACAAUAUUGUAAAGAAUUACAAUGAAGUCGUUUACAGCCUACAAUUUAAUCUUUUGUUUGACAAUCGCUUAAAAG